CGAGCUACGUCUGUCAUGGACACAUUGAAGUACCAGUGUGGAUUCGGGAACGAAUUCGCAACAGAGGAUCCGAGAUGCCCAGGGGCCUUGCCGGAAAACCAGAAUAAUCCUCAAAAAUGUCCAUACGGACUGUAUGCAGAGCAAUUGUCGGGGAGCUCAUUCACGUCUCCACGAGAAACGAACAGGAGAACAUGGUUGUACCGAAUUCGCCCGGCCGUGCUCCACACACCCUUCGAGCGAUUCUUAUCGACGAAUAAACUCAGCGACGACUGGAAGAAGCAGUUCCCGAAUCCUAAUCAGACGAGAUGGCUCCCAUUCGAUAUACCGGAGUCGAAUGAAGCUGACUUUGUUGAUGGCCUACGCACUAUUUGCGGCGCCGGCGACGCACUCACUCGGCACGGGCUCGCAAUUCAUAUCUUCGUCUGCAACUCGUCUAUGAACCGUCGAGCGUUGCAGAAUGCCGAUGGCGACCUCCUGAUCGUACCCCAGCAAGGAGCUCUCGAUGUGACCACCGAAUUCGGCAAGAUGCAUGUCAAGCCCAAUGAGAUCUGCGUGAUACAGCAAGGGAUGCGAUUCAAAGUAGAUGUGGAAGGACCCACCCGGGGAUACAUACUUGAAGUAUUCGACAGCCAUUUUGUGUUGCCAAAUCUCGGUCCGAUCGGCGCAAACGGCUUGGCAAAUCCGAGGGAUUUCCUCCAUCCUGUUGCUUGGUUCGAAGACGUCGAUGCCGAGUACACCGUUAUCAACAAGUACCAAGGGCAACUUUUCUCCACGGUCCAGGGUCAUUCGCCCUUCGAUGUGGUUGCCUGGCACGGCAACUAUGUGCCGUAUAAAUACGAUUUGACCAAAUUUGUCGCCAUCAACACCGUCUCUGUGGACCACUGUGAUCCCUCGAUAUUCACCGUUCUGACUUGCCCAUCAACAAAGCCAGGUGUGGCGAUUGCGGAUUUCGUGAUAUUCCCGCCUCGUUGGUCGGUGGCAGAGAAUACUUUCCGGCCACCGUACUAUCAUAGAAAUUGCAUGAGCGAAUUCAUGGGACUGAUCAGUGGAGCAUAUGAGGCCAAGGAGGAAGGUUUCGGACCUGGUGGAGCGACUCUUCACUCGAUAAUGACUCCUCACGGACCCGACGCUAAUUGCUUCAAGCAGGCCACCGAAGCUGCACUGAAGCCGAGCCGUGUGGCGGACAACUCGAUGGCAUUCAUGUUCGAAUCUUCCUUGUCAUUGGCAAUCACUCAAUGGGCCGAGGAUGGAUGCAAUCGUCUGGAUCGAGAUUACUAUAAAUGCUGGCAGGCUCUUCCCAAAGUCUUUAGGGGGAAGGAGGGGCUCUGAGAGCAGAUUUCCACGGGAAAAGUGCUCGAAGUCUCACCAAAGAAGUUCCAAAUCUCAGAUAUGAUUGCAACGUCGUAUAUACAGAUUAUACUGUUUCGAGAAAAAUCCGCUGAGCUGAGCCCCGUCUCGAGCACAUGAUCAGCAUGGAAGA